AUGAGUCUGACUUCCUGGUUCCUGGUGAGCUGCGGGGGGACACGCCAUCGUCUCCCCAGGGAGAUGAUCUUUGUGGGGAGGGACGACUGUGAGCUCAUGCUGCAGUCCCGCAGUGUGGACAAACAGCACGCCGUCAUCAACUAUGAGCCAAAUACAGAUGAACAUAAAGUGAAGGACCUGGGCAGCUUAAAUGGGACAUUUGUCAACGACGUCAGAAUACAGGAGCAAAUCUAUGUCACGCUGAAAAUUGAUGAUAAAUUGAGGUUUGGAUACGAUACCAACCUGUUCACUGUGGUUCGAGGAGAGCUGCAUAUUCCAGAGGAGGCCCUCAAGCAUGAGAAGUACAGCAGCCAGCUUCAGCUGAACCAGAAAAAACCUCCAGUGACAGAAUCAUUCAAACCUGAGGUGAAACCGUCCGAGGUGGCAGCAGCACCGAUGUGUGAGGGAGCCACCGCCAAACCCUCCGACGCCAGCAGGACAGAAGAGAAACCCACAGGGGACAUAGCAGUAUUGCACAGAGGCACCCCCCUUUAUGGUCAACCUGCCUGGUGGGGAGAUGGAGAGGCUGAUGACCAACAGCCAGCAAGGCCUGAAGAAAAGAGUUCAGAUCGGAAGCGAGAGAAAGCUGAAACAGACACCAAGAAAAGUGCAGAGAUCCCAAAGUCUGCUCAGCAAACAGCCUCCAAUCAGGAGCCUAGCUACUUUGAGAUCCCAACCAAGGAUGCUCCCUCAGCAGGUAAAGGUGGCGGUGAGCCUCCUUCACGAGAGCAAGAGGCCGGUGCUCCUGCUACUGCAGAGCCCAUCCAUGGUCACGCCUCCUUCACCAUCGAGUUUGACCCCGGGGCAUCAGGUAAAGUUACCGUCAAAGAUCGAGUGGCGAAGGUUGGACAGGAGACCAAACCACGUCCUAAAAGGCCUGCUGGGGAGGAGCUGAGUCCGCUGCAGACGGCCAUGGUUGCAGCAGAGGUCAAAGUUGCUGAUUGGCUGGCCCAGAAUGAGCUACCAUUGGCUCUAAAAGAGACGGUUGCAGAGGAUGAUGGAGAAAGUGUGAAGAGUGACAUUCCUGUACAACUUAGGAGUCUUAAAGGCAGUAAACAUGAAGACGGCACUCAGAGCGACUCAGAAAAUGCACUGGGAGAGCAACGCCGAGCUGCAGCACUGGAGGAGCGCUCGUGGGGGCUUUGGGGAGGUGCAGGGAUGAAGAUCAGAGAAGGUCGCGCAAACGUGCCGGAAGGUCUCUUUGCAGAGGAGGACAGUCCUGCUCGUCGUCGCAAGUCUUCAACUCCCAAAGUGGCGAGUGGGUUCCCGGAGAAGCGACGCGGCUCUGCUCCACAUCAGCAGAGUGGGCGUGAAGAGUGCUAUCACCAUGGAGAUGAUUACAGCGACAGAGGGACUUACACUAUUGAGCUGGAGAACGGAGAUCAUGAAGAAGAAGAGGCGAGGAAGCUGAUUGACAAGGUGUUUGGUGUGGAUGAGCAGUCUUGUAGUGUGUCCAGGUUGGGAAGCGGCGACCAAAGAGAGAGACUCAGCUCCCAGAGGUCUGGUCCUGCAGACAGAGGACAGCCUGGAUGCAUGGAGACAGAGGUCAUGUCUGCGGAGUUGGUGGUGGGUGGUCCUCGCUGGGUGUCGCAGUGGGCUACUCUCGCUGCCAGCCACAUCAGGACAGACCCUGAGGGGUCAGGAGGGGACAGCCACAUCAUGGUCACCGAGGACAGAGCUGAAAUAAGUAAAUCCAGUCACUCGACCUCCUUUCCAUCCUCUGGCUACGCAGAGCGGAAGAGAAGGACCCUUCCCCAGCUGCCUAGUGAGGAGCUCAGUUUGGGGAGGAGGACUCCAGGAUCAGGCCUACGAACAGAUAUGGGUGAGAAACAGGACACAGAGCUCCAGGAGAAAGAGAACCCAGAGAAGGUGUCCAGGGGGAAGAAUCGGCCAAGUCACGGCACCGGAGGUGUGGGCAGUCACAGUGGCAGCCCCAGUCGCUCCUCACCAGCCAAAUCACAGGAUAGCGGUGGUGGAAGAUCAGGCCAGUCAGGGGUGUUGACCAAACUCCCUCCUCGUCCAAUGACCAGCGGAGAGAAAAGAAUGGAGGAGGCACGGAGGAAGAAAAAGGAAGAUGAGAAAGCGAGGGAAAGUAGUGGGAAACCAUUGCUGAGGCAGGAGAGUUUUACUGUGGAGAAAUCAAGCGCCAAUGUGCCCAUUGAACUCAUACCACGUAUUGAUGGGCUCUCGGGCACCAGAACUCAGAGUAGGGAGGCUGGCAUCGACAGCGCCACACUACAGAAAGACUCAGAGGCUGUGGCAGCCUUUCUAGAGACCACUGUUUCAGACCAAGGCGAUCCCCCAAGUCAGUCCAUUGAGGGCUCUAUGUCGCCAGAGUCAGAUGUGGACACAACAAGCACAGUAAGCCAGGCUGACGGAGCGAGGAAAGUCGUGCAGAAACGGCGAAUGCUUGCAGGACAGCAGAAGGAGAGAACAGUAGUCUGCUCAUCCGGCAAGGUUCCAGCUGGAGGCAGGGAGACCCAGGACAGGAGGGUCAAGAACAGAACAUCUGGUCCUCCUCAGCCCAGCCGCCCUUGGACCUCCCUGGACCUCACUGACGAUGACAUCAACUCCAACUCACUCCUCUCAGACUCACAGCCCACCUCCACACAAGAGUCCAGAAGUUCACAUGCCAGAGCCCUGACAGGUAGCACAACAGUGGGGGCCAGCACCAAGUCUAGUCGGGCUAAGAUCACCCAAGCUCCGGCCUCUUCUGCACCCGGUAAAGCCACCAAUGUCCCCAAACCUCGGCCCACCAGGGCAUCCUUGUUGAGACGAGCCCGGCUGGGGGAUUCAUCGGACACUGAACCUGCUGAUCUGGACAGGAUGUCAGUGGCCUCUGAGGCCUCCACAGCUAGUUCUACAUCCAGGACAGGAAUGGCAAAACGGGGGAUGUCCAGGAUAGAGGCUCUGGCACAGCCGAGGAGGCCAAGGGUGGGGUCCCCAUCUGCCCAGAGUGACUCAGAGGCCACAGUGACAAGGAAUAGAGGUCUGGGGGCUCGCAGUGCUGGAGGGGAUUAUGGUAUCAGACAGGGCCUGAGAGGAUCCAAUGUCAACUCAGUGUCUGGACCCAGAGCCAGAGCCAACAGCGCCUCCAAGCUGCCUGACAAGAGUAAAGGAGCCUCCUCAUAUGGACAUGCCGCACCUGCAUCUGGCAAUCGGUGGCGUCGCGUGCCCAUGGAGUACGCCUCCACCUCGGAGGACGAGUAUGGCUCAAAUCGCCACAGCUCCAAGCAGGGUCACACACGGUCAUUCCCUUCCACUCGAGUGGCUCAACUUGGAGGUUCAGCUCCAGCAAUCCCUAAUCCUGCAGGCCUGGCUGCCCUGAAGCAGCACUCCAGGGAACAGGAUGAUUAUAUGAGAGACUGGACAGCACACAGUGAAGAAAUAGCCAGGAUUAGUCAAGAUCUAGCCAAAGACCUAGCCAUGCUUGCCAGAGAGAUUCAUGACGUUGCAGGCGAGAUCGACUCAGUCAGCCCUGCUGCCACUGACCCUGGAGUUCUGUUGGAGGAGCGUGUAUUUGAUGACAACGCGGACUCGGGUGGCCCCUCCACAGAGCUGGGAACCAACGGGAGGUCUGUGGAGCUUCGACCUCGGGCCUCUAAUGGACAGAGCGCCCGCUCUAUCCGCCGACAGACAUGGAAUAGAGAUGAUGCGAUCCUAGACAGUCUACUAUUAGCUUCUGUAACUCAGCUCUCAAGCAGGAUACGCCAGUCUGUUGACAAAACAACUUGCAAAAUCAGGAUUCUCUUCAAGGAUAAGGAACGAAAAUGGGAGGAGAUUGAGGCCAAACUGCAAGCAGAGCAUGACUCCUUACUACUCAAGAGCACCAACAAGGAGAUUUCAACCAUCAUUCAAGACUUGAAGAGAGUGGAAAGGCAACUGACAGUGAUUGACAUGAUGGUGGACCCAGAUGGAACCUUGGAUGCCCUGUCCAACCUGGGCCUGACCAGUCCUCUGACAGACCAGAAGCUCAGCCCCGGCACCCAGCAGGGGGUGUCGGUGUUGCACCCCGGAGCUGAAGCUUCACUCUCAGCCUCCAGGCCCGACGGACUGUCCACUGAACCCUGCGGAGCUUCAGUCCGAGCGCCAGAGCGAGACCCAGGCCCCCAGCAGAGCUCCAGAACCUACAACUGA